CACUCGCCACUUCCUCAACAAACCACACCAAAACCUUAACCCUAAUUCCUUACUCUCUCUCUCUUUCAAGAUGCCGCCAAAGUUCGAUCCAUCCCAAGUUGUCGAAGUUUUCGUCCGCGUCACCGGUGGUGAAGUGGGAGCGGCAUCUUCACUCGCACCCAAAAUCGGUCCACUCGGUCUUUCCCCUAAAAAAAUCGGUGAAGACAUCGCUAAAGAAACCUCAAAAGACUGGAAGGGUCUACGUGUCACCGUUAAACUAACUGUGCAAAACCGUCAAGCUAAGGUUUCCGUUGUUCCUUCAGCAGCAGCACUUGUUAUCAAGGCUUUGAAGGAACCUGAACGUGACAGGAAGAAAACAAAGAACAUUAAGCAUAAUGGGAACAUCUCACUUGAUGAUGUUAUUGAGAUUGCUAAGGUUAUGGCACCAAGAUCUAUGGCUAAGGAGUUGAGUGGAACUGUUAAGGAGAUUUUGGGGACUUGUGUGUCUGUUGGUUGCACUGUUGAUGGAAAAGAUCCUAAGGAUUUGCAGGAUGAGAUAUCUAAUGGUGAUGUCGAGAUUCCCGAGAACUGAUGAUUCGGUUUGAGGUGGUUAUGUUCUGAUUUUGCUCUUAUAGUUUAUGUAUGUUUUAUUUAUGUUGUUUGUUUUGAGGAUUUUACCGAGGAUAAUUUUGAUAUGAUUAUGGAGUACCAUUGGAUUAUUUUCUUCGGGAAAAA